AUGGGAAACGGGAAACAAAUCCUGGAUCUGCGCCAACCUGCAGGACCGGAUCUACGGCGCCUACGCUACUUCUCCAGGCUUGCCUCUGGGUCCACCAGCAAGGGUUGGCGUUUGCUAGCACGUAUUCAUAUAGCCAGGCCUUGGACAGAAUGCAUGGAGUCACAGCGGAUUGAUAUAUGCCUCGCCCGCAUCUCAAUGGAACAAACAUUGAUUUCUCCUGAGCUGCUCGACAGUUCGAGCUUUCUCCCACUUUCUGGCGCAGAUGAGUCCCAAGGAAUGGGGCCUACUCCAGGGCCUCGCAUAUCAAGCGUCAAUGAUCUCUCUAUAUCGCAACUCGAUCACCUGGAGCAGAUGCUCGGGUCGCCGACUAUUGCCAAUCAUGUCGAUUUCAGCGCAGUUUCAACGGAUUUGGGAUUCCUUGCCGAUCCCAAUAUUAGCCUCUCAUCCGCCGAGUUCACAGAUCUGUUCUCAAUCCCUUCGGACAGCGCUUCUCUGAUACCGGAGCCCUCAAGUCAACCAUCUCUCAAAAGCCCUGACAUUCAGACCACACCUCCAGAGGGACUGAAUCACGAUACGGCAAAUUUGAGAUCAGCCCCAUCCCGGACCUCCUUCGAGCAGAGCACCGACGUAAAGCAGUUACGAAAGAAAUACCACGAGAAAUACAAAGAACGAAACCGGUUAGCUGCAGGCAAGUCGCGCCAAAAACAGGCGGAUCUGAUUGAGUUGUUGCAAGCCGAGCAGCGCGAAGAGGAGCGUCGCCGAAAGGCCUUGGAGAAGGAGAUUGCGCAGAUGCAGAAGGACCUUGUAGACAUGAAGCAGGAACUGCAGCAUCACAUCCGGGUUGCCAAUUGCAUGACGAUGAUGUCGCAUGGGGCGCACAUGCAGACCCUGGGGUUCCUGGCGCAGGAUAUGCUCCGGUAG